AGGUGGCUGCCAAUUUCACAACAUCAGACAAUUCGAUCGGCAAACACCAACAAAGAAGUAUUUACAAGAUUUUUAUAAUUUGUGCUUUGUAAAGCACAGUUGACUAGUCAACGCCAACUGAAAGAACUGACUAGAAUAAAGUAAUUUGACAAAUACGACAGGCGACGGCGACCAAAGCAAUAGCUACCAAAUAGCGCAGCAAUGUCUUCAGCAUGGGGAAACACUAUCAACCAGCCUAUACCAACAGCCAAUCUGGCCGAUAUAAUGUCGGAGCAGUAUGCACAUCGCUUGCACGAUAGAGAGCUUAAGCAGCUUAAGAAAAAACGCCAGCAACAACAAAGUAGCACCAUGUGGAGCCACCAGCAAGCAGCUACUCCUUCAUACUCGGACGUAGCUGGAGCGUCCAAGCAGACUCAACAGCAGUCAGUCAGUAACGACGCCGACGAAUGGGAAGACUACUCGGAGUUGCUGGAGGCAAGUAAGGAGGAGAAAGUGUCGCCGGAUCUGGAUCAGGAAGAAGCCACAGCUAGUGGAGCUGAAUCCGACGUUGUGAUCGCACAGAUGCUGCAGUCGCAAUUUGAUCACGAGUACAAUGAGGAGUUGCGACGCAUCGAGCGGCAACGGAACAAGCAAUCCAAAGUGACUGUUAUACUGGACAAGUUUCGACGCAGUGGUGACGUUGAAUUUCUGCAAGACACCGAAGCCGAUAACUAUGAGGAAGAUGAGCUGGAGCAGCUAAAGAGCGACUGGGAUCGCUUCGAAACAAAUGAAAAGAUGUUGGAGGCCAUACCGAAAUGUGGUUUCAAAGUGGACAAAGAGGGCGAGAUGAUAACAAAGCAUGAUCCACAGCUAUGCGGCGUGCGUAAUGCUCAGCGCGUCAUGUCCUUCCCACCAGAAUUUGCGACAGGUGAUGGUGCUGGCUUUGACAUGAAGCUGUCGAACCAGGUCUUUAAUCAGUUGAAAAUUUACUCGAGACGUGGAGGCGCCAUGCAGAAGCCAAAAAUGAACGACCGUAAAGAAAAUGUGGCCACAGCUGAAAUGGGCGUGGAUGCACCAACUCGUCUUUUGCUGUACAAGCUCAUUAACAAUCAAAUACUAGAACAGAUCAAUGGCAUCAUAUCGACGGGAAAGGAGGCGGUCAUAUUGCAUGCCAAUUCGGAUUCCAACUUCACAGGAACCAAUGAACAUGGUCAUAGUGGUGGAAUCCUAAUGCCCCCUCACCUACUACCGAAGGAGUGCGCGAUUAAGAUAUUUAAAACAACGCUUAAUGAGUUCAAGCAACGAGAUCGUUACAUCAAGGAUGAUUUUCGCUUCAAGGACCGCUACCGCAAGCAAAACAAGAACCGCGUCGUCAUUCAUAUGUGGGCCGAAAAGGAGAUGCACAAUCUGAUGCGCAUGCAAAGUAUAGGCCUCAAUGUUCCUGAUGUGGUGGUGCUGAAGAAACAUGUGCUGGUCAUGCGUUUUAUUGGCGACAAUCACCACGCGGCCCCUAAGCUGAAGGACGCGCGUCUUAGUGAUUCCGAGUUGAGUUGUGCCUACGAGGAAAUUGUGGCUGCCAUGUACAAGCUGUACAAUGAAGCUAAGCUGGUGCACGCCGAUUUGAGUGAAUACAACAUAUUGUGGUACCAGGGCAAAUGCUGGUUCAUCGACGUGGCACAAAGCGUAGAGCCUGAACAUCCCAGUGCUCUGGAGUUCCUUAUGCGCGAUUGCGAAAACAUUUUGCAAUUCUUUGCCAAGCGUGGCCUCUCUAACAUAUACACAACGGAGCAAUUGUUCGAAUAUAUCACCGCUCUCAAUGCGGAGACUCACAAUGCGGCAAUGCUGGAACGCAUACACACUCGCGGGGCUUCAAUGAACCAGGCAACUGCGCCCAAUCAACAAGAAUGUCCCGAUGAAUUGAAGCCACUGGAAUAUCCAUUUGAAUUGGCUUGGGAAAAAUCUCAACUGGAUCGGGAGUCUAAGCGCUUGGAGCAGCUCCAUUUGAGCGGUGACAGCAGGAUCGUGGAUGAUAACAAAAAUAGAAACGAUGAGGACGACAACAACACUGCCAAACAUUAAAUCCAUAAUACUUCCUAGCGCGAUUACAGUGUCUAAAAAUAUUCUCUAUAAUUUGGAUGAAUAAAAUUCAAAAUUAAAACAUCUACAGUGCAUCAAGCCAAA